UUGAGCAUAAAUAAUAUAGAAGUUUGCUCGAGGAAAAACAAAAUGAUGAACACAAAGAUUCCGAUGAUCGGUCAAAUUCGUCCUCCACGCUCUGCCCAUAUAAACUCACAGUCUCCAUCCUCACUUCCACACCAACAAAUACCUCAAAACAUCCCCAUCAAUGGCCGCCUCCACUUCCUUCUCCCUCUUCUCCUCCAUUCUCUUUCUCCUCUUCUCCAUUUCCAUUGCCUCAACUUCCUUCACCCCCAGAUCCCUCGUUCUCCCUGUCACCAAACAUCCAUCUCUCCAAUACAUCAUCCAGAUCCACCAACGAACUCCUCUGGUUCCGGUCAAUCUCACAGUGGAUCUCGGCGGUUGGCUAAUGUGGGUCGACUGUGACCGUGGCUUCGUUUCUUCCUCCUACAAACCCGCUCGUUGUCGCUCCGCCCAAUGCUCCCUCGCCAAAUCCAUUUCCUGCGGCAAAUGCUAUUUGCCGCCCCACCCCGGCUGCAACAACUACACUUGCAGCCUUUCCGCCCGAAACACCAUCAUCCAACUAUCCUCUGGCGGAGAAGUCACUUCCGACCUUGUCUCUGUUUCUUCCACCAAUGGCUUCAAUUCAACCAGAGCCCUCUCCGUCCCCAAUUUCCUGUUCAUCUGCAGCUCGACUUUCCUCCUCGAAGGCCUGGCCGGCGGUGUAACUGGAAUGGCAGGAUUCGGAAGAACCAGAAUAUCUCUACCAUCCCAAUUCGCCGCCGCCUUCAGCUUUAGCCGGAAAUUCACCAUGUGCUUGAGCGGCUCCACUGGAUUCCCUGGUGUCAUCUUCUCCGGUUACGGCCCAUACCAUUUCUUACCCAACAUCGACUUAACAAAUUCUCUCACUUAUACCCCGUUGCUCAUCAACCCCGUUGGCUUCGCCGGGGAAAAAUCAUCGGAGUAUUUCAUCGGCGUUAAAUCCAUCGAAUUCAACUCCAAAACCGUCCCACUAAACACCACUCUUCUGAAAAUCGACAGCAACGGAAACGGUGGUACAAAAAUCAGCACUGUCAAUCCAUACACCGUACUGGAAACAUCAAUUUACAGGGCGUUGGUGAAAACAUUCACAUCGGAGCUUGGGAACAUUCCAAGAGUGGCGGCGGUGGCGCCAUUUGAGGUCUGUUAUAGUUCAAAAAGCUUUGGAAGUACUGAAUUGGGGCCGAGUGUGCCAUCGAUUGAUUUGAUUUUGCAGAACAAAAAAGUGAUUUGGAGAAUGUUCGGGGCGAACUCGAUGGUGGUUGUGACCGAGGAGGUAUUAUGCUUGGGAUUUGUUGAGGGUGGAGUGGAAGCAGAAACGGCGAUGGUGAUUGGAGGGCACCAAAUAGAGGAUAAUUUGCUUGAAUUUGAUUUGGCAACUUCUAGGCUUGGAUUUAGCUCAACUUUACUGGGACGAAACACUAAUUGCGCUAAUUUUAAUUUUACUUCAACUGCUUGAUUAACUAAAAAACUUAAAUGAAGUUUUCUAAUUAUUGUCAACCUUUUGAAAUUAAAAUAAUUAUUGGUUUCUUAAUGGAUACAACUCCUAGAUCCUAAAAUCCAAAUUAAUGCUAAGUUUGGAUAAAUGGGUUGAAUUUUGUUUUAAUUUACUAAUGAAGGGAUAAGAAUUGAAAGUGAUAGAAAAAGUCAAAUAAAUGAGUAGUACUACAUUACUUUAAUGUCGAAAAGUGUCCAAUUCAACAGAUUAACAGCUGGAAAAUCAUAGCCUCCACGUGGACAAAGCGACAACCGUUUAGAUUUUGCACAAUCCCAAGACUAAUUGGAAGCCUUCCACGUUUGACUAAAUAAUUCCACGUCAUCCACACAAAAUUCAUGGUCUUUCCCAUUCAGGGUUCUUCCUCCUCAUAUUUUGAGAGAAGUUUGUAAUUAAAGAGUGGGAGUAAUAGAACUAUUAUCCGAGUCAGUUGCCACAUCA